AACAAUGCCCAUUAUCAGGAGGUAUCUCCAGAGGAAGGAUGGGCUGUGGAAAGAUACAGAUGAUUGCCCAGCUGGUUUAAAGCUGGCCCAUUAGCAGAUGGUAUGUGCCAGGAGAGAAGGAAUCACCACUCCACCCGGUUUAACACAUUUCUGGCCACAUCAACCCGACGCACUCAGCCACACGGUAGAAAACUGGUUUCAUUUCUAUCUCGCUGAUGGUUUCCAUAUUCUCAAAAUCUUGUGGGCAAUCGCGUUUAUAAGGUUUUCCCGAUUCAUCCUCCCCGACACGCAGGUGAUCCGCACGGACACCUUCAAGCACCUGCGGCACCUGGAGAUCCUCCAGCUCAGCCGGAAUCUGGUGCGGAAGGUGGAGGUGGGCGCCUUCAACGGGCUGCCCAACCUGAACACGCUGGAGCUGUUCGACAACCGGCUGACCACGGUGCCCACGCAGGCCUUCGAGUACCUGUCCAAGCUGCGGGAGCUGUGGCUGAGGAACAACCCCAUCGAGAGCAUCCCCAGCUACGCCUUCAACCGCGUGCCCUCGCUGCGCCGCCUCGACCUGGGCGAGCUCAAGCGCCUCGAGUACAUCUCGGAGGCCGCCUUCGAGGGGCUGGUCAACCUGCGCUACCUCAACCUGGGCAUGUGCAACCUCAAGGAGAUCCCCAACCUGACGGCGCUGGUGCGGCUGGAGGAGCUGGAGCUGUCGGGGAACCGGCUGGGCCGGGUGCGGCCGGGCUCGUUCCAGGGGCUGGGCAGCCUGAGGAAGCUGUGGCUGAUGCACGCGCGGGUGGCGGCGGUGGAGAGGAACGCCUUCGACGACCUGAAGGCGCUGGAGGAGCUGAACCUGGCGCACAACGAGCUGGCCUCGCUGCCCCACGACCUGUUCGCGCCGCUGCACCGGCUGGAGCGCGUGCACCUGCACCACAACCCCUGGCGCUGCGACUGCGACGUGCUGUGGCUGAGCUGGUGGCUGCGCGAGACGGUGCCCAGCAACACGAGCUGCUGCGCGCGCUGCCACGCGCCGCCGGCGCUUGUCCCCGACUGGCACAUCGUGGACGUGGAGGUGACCGCGGUGGCCGAGGGCGGCCGCGCCCUCACUGUCACCAGCAGCCGCCGCAACCCCGCGGGGCAGGGAGACGUCACCGGCAGCGCCACCCACCCAAUUCGGGAGCUCUCCAAUCUCUCCUCGCCGCGGCGAAAGCGGCAGCGCCGCCAUUGCGGGGGCGGGGGGGGGGAGCGCCGCCAUUGCGGGGGCGGGGAGGGGGGGGGCAGUUAA